AUGAUUUUCUUUUAUUUUAGCUAUCAUCACGUCUCGCACACCUGCAAGAUAUGGCCUGUUUGCUCCGGAACUCAGCUUAUAGGCAUGUGUUUCUCAAAUGCUCUCCCAUACUGGGGAAAAAAGGCGAAUCCGACAUCGGAGUUUAUCCGAGAAUGGAUCGAGCUGUCUGUGUUUUUAAAUGCUUCCUUUGCUGUUCUAUUACCUGUAUUUGCCGUGGGUGCGAUAAACAUCUCAUUAAUUAAAUUGAUGAAAAAAAGAAACUGCGAGGAGUUACUCGUCAAUUCUGUAAAUGCUAAUCCAGAAGCAAUUCAUGAGCAAGAGCGAAAGAUGACAACUACAGUGUUGGCCAUCGUUACAUGUUUUACUCUCACACAAGGUCCAUCUGCCAUAGUAUUCAUCUACCAAAUACUCUACGGAUCUACUAGCAAUCUGCAGAUAGCAUCUGUAGUCGCCAAUCAGUUGGUCCUCACCGGGAAAAUGCUCAAUGUUGUAGGUGUACGACUUCCGCAAAUAGGGUUGAAGCUAACACAGCGUUUUAGCUCACGACUAUCUCAUGCAAACUCGAAGUCCGGCAUGACGCAACGCACAUCAGUGAUAUCUUCAUGGAGCUUUCGUACCAUGCGUUCAUCGUUCAUGUCCCAUGUAUCCCAGAGAUAG